AUGUUCCAUCUUUUUUCCUUAUUGUUUUGUUGUCUUUCCACCCCUGGUUUUUGGGAGGCAAAAAAAUCUGGAAAUGGAUGCUUGGGAGGGCAUUUUGUUUUCACUGUUAUCGCCAAUUUUAUUUAUUUAUUUUCGAUUUGGUGGAUUGCAACAAAUUUGAGAAAAAACAGCGACGACAUCAACAACAGAAAGAAUAUUGGUGUUUUCCUUUUAUUUUUAUUUAAACGACUUGCUGGAGGGAAGGUGAAUGAGAAUACACAGAGAAGAAGCAUGCUUCGCCGUUGUUGUCCUGCCACACUUCAUAUGGCGCCAAGCACCGCAAUGGUAGCUGGUGUUUUUGUCAACAACCAGAAGCGCUUUUUAAAAAUGGCAAAGUCCGCGUUUGGCUUCUAUUUGGCCCGCCGCGGGCAGCGGAAGUUUCCCUUUCUUCGCCGGCCACACAUCAAAAAUACUCACGCGAUGAACUUAAGCGCGCCGUACUUUUGGAGCUUUAUGACGGCAAAGAGUCAGACAUAUUUUUUACCAGAGGAGAACUACAUAACAGGCGACUGGACUGGAAAGUUUUUCGUAUCGAAACUGCAAGUGUACACCUUGCAGCACGCCACAAGCGGGUCAACGGUGAGGGUAAAGUCCUUUCCCUCUGUGUUUGAGCUUAGUAGUCCAUCAAGGUGGAACAUAGGGAAGGAGUUGAACACACUAACAAAACCUCGCAUGGACCUUAUCGACGAGCAGAUGUUAACAAAGAAACAAAGAUUGGACUACGUCAAGGCAGGGCUGCUUCCCAAAUGA